GUGUGCGUCGCACAGAGAGACGCGCGCCGCGACGCGACGCGCCACGGAACGGAACGCUCCUCGGGCCAGGUGACCCUUUUCGUGGUGGCACGCGAGCACCCGGUGCCAGUUUCGUUCAACUGAUCGAAGAAGAAUCAUCUCCGUGGUGGCUCGUCAUGACCGAUCGUUCGCCGAGAGCACGCCGCCGACGAUCGAUCUGAACGCGAUCGCAUCGAACAAAUCGAUCCGAAAACCGUGGUGCGCGUCCGAACGGUCCUCGAAAUGAUUAACGAGUGAGUACGAUUCAGUGCACGAUUUUUUUUUCUCUCGAUUUCGUCAAGACCAACCGGUCUCGAAAAGUCAUUAUUUAGAGAUACUCUCGAUGGUGUCCUUGAAAUUGUUCAGUGUCGGGAGAGACGCAUCGGAGCAAUGAGGAUUUUGUGUGUUCCGUGAUAAAGUCCGGCUGAAUUCGCGUCUUCGGACUUGUGCUGGCUACGCCGUUUUAUUUGCUCCGUUUUAGUGUUAGUUCGGGUUCAUGGGUACCCAUGAAUUAGCAUCGCCCGUCUCUGCUUCGACGCUCUCUCGGUCUUCGAAGUGUUUCUAGGCUCGCUAAGACACUACAGAUGUUGCUUCUAUGAAACCGGGACCGCAAUAUUACGAGGUUUCCCGUGCGGAAUUUGUGCUGCAGUUUGACUCACCUACGAUGGGAUUCGAUUUCGAGUGAAGUGCACGGAUCGGGACCGGUCGUUUGGUGUACGAGAUUGUGGUUGUUCGUAAACGUUUAGCCUGGCUGCAGGACUGUUGACUAAGACGGAUGCCCCGGGAAUCCGUGUUCGGCUAAUGUGAAAACCGAGUCGGGCAUUGUGCUGACAGAAAACAGUUUCGAAUUGGCGACCAUGCGAUCGGACAGGUUAAUGCGCGGCUAAAUAGUAAUUGUCCGAAAGCCGCGACGAUUGUUCCUAAUUAUUGACUUCGACCACCUGGUUUUGCGGCUGUCAGUCAGGUUUCGACGAUUUCCACGGGGAUUACGCUUGACUGCUAAGAAAUUUCAGCUUGGUUUGCAUUCGUCCUCUUCUUUUUAUUUUAUGUAGGAUCAAACCUGCGAAUUUCCGGCGCGAGAGCAACAGGAAACGAAUCGGUUGCGUUUGACAAUUUACCGGUCGUAAUCGGGAAUUAUGAGGUGGCUGUGGAUUAUCGUGCUGAUAGCAUUGGCGCUGCCGGCGGCCGUGCCAAGGAAGACGCAUCGCAGCAAACCCUCGCCGCGGAUCUACGGCGACCUGGUGCCUAUCCACCUAAUCAGUACGAGUACCAACAAGAUCCGCCAGAAGAUCGUCGAUACCCACAAUUACUUUCGCACAAUUGUCGAACCGCCUGCCGCCAACAUGCUUGAGAUGAAAUGGCACUCUGGAUUGGGCAAAGCAGCGCAGAGAUGGGCCAAUCAAUGUCUCGGUUUGGUUCAUGAUAACGCGACAGGUCUAUAUUUAGAUGGUUUAGGCGGGAGUGGACAGAACAUCUUCAUUACGACACGACGAACACUCUGGAACUUCCCCAUCAGAAUGUGGUUCAUGGAGUACAAAGACUACAAUUACGGUGACGAUCAAGGGAACGAUUUUCACGCAGUAGGCCAUUAUACCCAAAUCGUGUGGGCUUCGACGCAUCUGGUCGGUUGUGGAGUCAGCCAUUGCACAGGUGGCAAGGGUCCGCUCGGCAAGGACUUCUACAUGUACGUCUGCAACUAUGCACCAGCCGGCAAUUACAUGGGUGGCAUGGGUCAUCCGUACGUGGCCGGAAAGCCGUGCAGCAUGUGCAAGGACCAUUGCUCACGCAACCAGCUCUGCACGAACGCCUGCUACCAUACCGAUUAUUGGUCGAACUGCGCCGAACUGGUCAGGACGUUUCGUUCCUGGGUCUGUGAUACGAAAACGAAAGAGGGUCAGGAACGACGGAAGUUCUGCGGCGCCACCUGCAACUGCCAGGACAAGAUCUACUAUCAUCACGGGUAGUGAACGACCAUAAGUGUCGACGGUUCCGCGGUCUCUUCGUUGAUCUGUCACCAACUACGUGGGAUCUGUACACGGCAGACCAUCGGCGUGUCUCGAAGGUACGAAGUCAUUUUUAAAGAUUACAUCGCGCCGGACACGGUGGAAAUAAACUUCUUGGUUCUCGCCGAUCGUUAUCCUAUCGUAGCGCGUAUCUCGUAGGUCCAUCGAUGAACAAAGGGAAACGUCUUUAUCUCUGGUAGACGCCGUUGCGAUGUAGACAUUUAUUAUUAUUAGGUUGUGCAUGUUAUUAUUAGGUUGAUGCAUAUGAAAUGUCGGAUUUUGAUAUGAAUGAAACUUCGUAUCUCUUUUCGGAAGAUAUUUAGUUCAUCAGCGUAUGACUCGUUUGCUUCGGUACACCUUUCCCGAUGAGUUUUUAAUGUAUUAAAUGCCAUUUUUCUAAAGAAGUUCUGGUCUUUUCAGUGGAUAAACUCGGCUUACAAAAAAAACUACACGAAUAUACGCCGAAUUCGUACUCGUACGAAGCUCAAAUUAAAUGGCAGAAAUACAGAAUUUUGAAGAAAUUCUUUUUGACAAGAGACGUCUCUGGGAAUACACGAUAAGACUGUGAAAGAGAUUACGUCAUAAACGACAACGUUAGCAAGGAGACAAAUAUUUACGCGUAAUGAAAAUCCGACAUUUCAUAUCCACCGAGCUAAUAGUAUUACAGUUUGGCUUUGUUUCACUUGGCUUUGUUCUUUCGGAUAUUAAGUUACGCGUUCGUAGUAAUUGCGCGGAUUCGUUAGUUUAUGAGAUACUGUCUCGCGCAGAUCUCAGGAAGAAGAUUUAGUAUCACUUUGAUGGGAUUUCUUAAGCUUACGGAGGCCGUAGCUGAUUUCGUACUGGUACACGUAACAUCUUUUUAUAAAUGUUUCUAAGCAGAUGAAAUGUAGAUAUGGUAUAAUAAAUAGCAAAGUGUUUUAUGCGAAUAAGAAUUUAUGAAAGAUAAGUAAAAGUGAGAAAGAUGCAUUUGAUUUUACAUCUAGAAUGAUCGAUCAUUGUCGAACAUUUCCAAUUCUGUUCAUUUCCAAAUCCGUUAAUUAAGAAAUCAGAGUGUUUCAUGUACUUUUUGCUUGUUUUGUGUACCAUAUAUUUAUCUUACUGUGUCGUGAGCAAAUACUUAUAUUUUCAUUAGCGAUUACAAACUUUAUCAAUUUUAAUGUAUCCUCCAAAUUUUUAACUGUAUCCUCCUGGUAUACAGUGAUACAACAAUUUUUGGUAAAUUACGACCUCACCAGAAUUAAAGUGAAAGUACAACGAACAGUUUUUUAAAAGAUAUCAUGAUUAGUCUCGGCGGUCCUAAUGAUUGCGGAAUAUGUUGUAAAUGUUAAUGUUUAAAGUAAUCUAUAAUACUUGUUUACUUCCAUUGUUUACGAUGAUGCAUACAUAAGCAUUACCUGCAUAAUCUCAUUGCAAAAUUCUAUAAUCUUUUUGUUUAUUAAUUCACAUCCCGGUCAUGAAUGAUUUCCGUUUCAGUACAUCAAUUUAAUUUAUCAAUGACAGAAUCAAGCAGCUCGAGUAUAACAAGUACAAGAUCCACAAUUUGUUCGCGGAAAUGGAAAUUAUUUGUAAUAUACAUUAAGGUCAUUAAAAUUGGUAAGUUGUAUUGUUUUGCAAAUAAUGACUGGUUUGAAUUGUCAGCAAUAUAUACUGAUUCACGAAAGUAUUGGAACACUUAAAGAAGUUCUAUGAAUAUAUCGUACGCGAGUGUUUUGUUCCAUUGUAUAGGGUAAGUCAAAAUCAACUCAAGCACACGUCCAAUAAAUUUGCUAAAAUUCGUACAAAUUUCCCCAAUAAAGCAAAGUAAUGUUGAUAUUUGACAAUUUUAUUUCCUUUUAAGUUAGACUCCUUAAAAGCUGAAGGUGUUAAAACAAAGCAACUUCCGGUUUUGAGUUUCGUACAUAAAAAUGGCCUAUUAAUUAACGGAAAGCAAGAAAAAGAUUUGCGAAAGUGUUUAAAUACUUUUGUACCGUUCGUGAAGCGUAUCCUUAUAGUAAAAAUACUUUAUAAUUCUUACUCGCAUAAUUGUGGCAGUCGAAUCUAAUUACUAGAUUACGAUUUUCACGUAUUUGUAACAAAGCUGCUUAAGUAAAACUCAAAACACUAAAAAUAUUAAAGGAAUUUGAAUUAAUCGGAAUUAAAGGAAUUAAGUUAUUAACAAAAACAAGUGAUCCAUUGUUCUCUUCUUACAAUUGAUACAGAAAAUUUUGAUUUUUCAUACAAUUCAGUCUACUAACUGCAUUACCAAUAAUAUUUUCACGAAAUUUGUAUAACACAUAUCCGUAAAACUUUUCUACGAUCAAUGUUCAAGCACUUUCGUAAGUCAGUGUAUGCGCUUACGACUACAGUUUUCAAUCGAUCGCAACCUUCAGCAACCAAUACUUGGAAUAUAAUUUUCCAUCGAAUUUCGGCACAGGCGGUACCCAAUGAAACAUUCUAAUCUCAUAAGAGAAUUUCCGUGGUCUUAAACGUCGCCAUAUGAAGGUACGAGUUCGUGUAAAUGCUCGCAGCGUAAUUGCGGUCGACCAAGUGGCUGGAAGACGAUUUCCCUUUGCUCAGUAAUCGUUUUCAACAACGUCGCCCCGAAAAUUGAUUCUAUUUUUUGCGAACAUUCUCGCGGUUCGCCUUUCGACCUCUGUUCCCGGUGGUUAAAAAGAAAACGCCGCGGUUGCACGAGGAGCUCGGAAAAUGUAACGAAGCAUCGCUUCGAAAAUAUUGGGCGAAUCCUUUUGAUAUUUAUAAACGAUAAGGGUGUCUAUGUAACUGUGCAUGCAGUGUGUACAUACAUAUGAGUAAGAGAAGGUACUAUGUAGACGGAGUGUUUCUGGGUGCUGUAUUUCAUCACCGUUUCAUUCUGGACGCUCGUGAACCGUCAAUAAAAAUUCUUUUCCAACGAAUCAGGGUUGAGCAACAUUUUAUUCGGAUGACGGAUAAAAAAUAAGUGUUAACGAAUACGACUCCAUUCGAUAUUAUCUUCGUUAAGCUUUCCAUGAUUUUUAUUUCCUCUGAAAAAUUGAUAUUAACUCCAUUGUUCAUUAAUUUAUCCAAUUUAUGACAAAUAUCGAUUCUUAUAUUGCACUUGUUUUUAAAUUUUGUUUUACUCCUUCUAUACUGUUGAAUUUGUUUUAGCAAUUUCUGAUUUUUGUUACACUUCUGCUCUGCUUGAACCUUCUUUUUAUGAAUACAAAUUAUUUUUAUUACAAAGAUGAGCAAUGAACUCUGUUUGUUGUGCUCGUUUUAUGUUCUUUUGUUUACCAGUUUCUGAUUUCAAUGACACUUCUCAUAGUUGAAUUUUAUUUUUAAAAAUAAAAUUUUUUAUUUUUAUUUCUGAGGCGAAUUCUUUAUGUAUCAAUGUUCUAUUUCACGCUAAUGAUUCUGUACACAAAUAUGCAAAAUGUACAAAUCUUUUUGUUCCUUCUGAAUGAUAUUGUGUUUGAAUAAUUCGACGUUGAAAUAAGACAGAUUUUCGAAUUUUUUAGACAAAUCAUCUUAAAUGAAAGAUUUUAUUGGCGGUAUCGCGUGUUGCCUAAACUUGGGACUAAACUGUAUAAACGUAAAGAGGAAGCUCUAUCUAAAACGUGUCUAGAGAUGUAAGUUCUACAAUAGUCAGUGUAUGCACAAAAGUCACGACGCUGAACGAUUUCCCCGCGAUGUCACUAUUUGAGUGCAUACGAAUGCAUGCAUAUUGAAUGCGAGCGCAGGGAGAGUAAUUCGUUUUCUAUGACGAGAGAACAUUUAAGAAAUCGUAAAAGGAUGAAGAAUAGGAAUACACGCGGAACGUAUUACAUAUCUGAACGAAGCGUUUUUGAAAAAUAGGAAAUUUUGCAAUGCUGUAAUAAAGUAUAAAAUUUGUAUUCUUCACGCUAUUAUUUUAUAUUAUAGUUUUGCUGUCGAACAAACAUUAUUUUGUCUAUGAAAUAGCCACUAUUACAGCACUUGUAUUUCAUUAUAUAUUUUUUAUAUAUGUUUCUUUUAUUAUAUAAAAUAUCUUGCAGAAUUGAAUCUAUUGAAAACGAUAUUUUAUUUGUUACUUGAAACACAUAAAAUCCACCUAAUUUUACGCAAGCAAUCCUACACUGUCAUUGCUUUGUGUUACAAUUUAAUGAAAUUUCAUUUCUCUCCAUUAAGUUGCAAAUACAUUAAUUUUAAAAGCAAUGUAUUUCUUGUUAAUAGCUGUUGAACAAUUCGUGCUAAUUUAUCUGCCUAAAGUAAUUUGCAAUUUAUAAAAUAUUGAACAAAUGUGUGUACAUAGAAUCGGAGAAUUUAUAGAAUGUAUCAAGCAUCUUCUUUUCGGCAUUACUUAUGUUAUCAAAUUAUUAAUUACGCGGACUAUUAUUUCUGCAGAAUAGUCGCUGUUAAUUGAAAAUGUUCAUUAGAAUUUGUACGGAAUAGAAGGUGUCAAAAGGACUGGCAAACGAGAACAAUAAUUCCAGGAGUUGGUCAGUGCAUUCGUAAGUGCUCGGCGAGAUCGAGUAAAUAGAGUUUAUCGAACGAAACAUUGUUUGUAACGUCGUCUAGCGCGAAAUCGUAAUUAAUAUAUCGUCGAAUCCCAGAAAUGUAUUCUGUAUCCUCGUAGGGUUCAUUUACUAUUCAACGCGUUUCAGAGGUAAUAUUUUUCAUCGCAUUUUAUGGUGUUUUCGACUCGUAAUCGUAACCCGUGUGAGCAAAUGUGAGACACGAAUCAGUGGCCGGUGUAAAGUGUGAAUGGAAUAACAAGUAGUUUUCGGCUUUUAAGAGUCAUAUUAUGGAAAUGGAAGGAUAGAGAUGAUGUCGAAUCACGAGCGAGAACAGGGUGUGUGCACUAUACAGGGUGGACAGUGUAACGCGAACACUUUUAUUAUAUUAUUUUCAUCACUAUGCAGUGAAUCAAUCGAAAUUGAUUAAAAAUAGAUAUUAUAAUUUACAGUUCAUUAUAAUUUUUUUCUCAUUUCUUAAACAUCGUAUAUUGUCUUCUAAGUCAAUUCCAAACAUAAUUUUUAUUAUUGUUUAUAUCAAUCUUGUAUAUGUUCUUUAUUUACGAUACCUAACAAAACUUGUUGCCUGAGAUUGAUGGAAAACAUUUUAUUAUUUAAUCGAACGAUGCGAUGGAAGAACAUUUUUGUGAAUAAAUACUUUGCAUUAGUAAUUUGUGCAAUUAUGUCAAUUCAACGACUGAUAUUAUAUUAUCGUAUUAGACAUAUAUUGACAUACACGAGUGUUAUAUAAUUUUUCGCAGUGGAAAUAAAAUGAUACGUGUCACCCUCGAGCAGUGAUAAUUAAUUUUCACAUUAAAUUCCAACUUGCAAGAACCUUUUUUCAUAAUGAACGAUAAACUAGUAUUAAAUCAUAAUAAUGUGUCAACGGUUGCUUUUACACUAUAAUUUACACGCAGCUGUUUGUUAACGAUGUUAAACGAAUUUACCUCAAUGUUUGCUAAAUAACAAGCAAAAUAAUAGCUAAGAUUGUUAUUUAAAAAAUUCAGAAAAAUAGUUUAACUAUUUUCAACACAGUAAAAUCCUUUAUAAUUUGGUGUUCUUGAAAUUUGUUUCUAAAUUCUUGAGAUAUUGCACGAUGGUUCGCGACUUAUUUAACUUUGCAGAUCUUUAAAACUCGUAUCAUUGAUAGGCAAGAAAACUUUGAUCAGUUUAUCACAAAAUAUGGGAAUGUAAUAGUGCUAACCAACUUACCUUGUUCACCGUGUACAGUGUAAUAGAGUAGCACGUAAGGUACACAUAUAACGGAUGCUGUUAAGUCAGAACAAUAUAUGCAAGACGAGACGUAAACCUGUGGAUAAUAGAACACACUUAAUCGUGUUAAGUACUAGCUAAGAGGUUAAUGUUACACGUAACUAUGUAAUGUGAAGUUGCGCAACUUCAAGUGAAACGUUGUAAGCUGUCGUACUUUGUUCACUUACCGAAAUAAAGAUUCUGUAAAUACUAA